AUGGAAGAGAACAGGGAAAAAAUAAAACCUAUUAUUGAAACUAUAAUUUUAUGCGGACGCCAAAAUAUUCUACUGAGAGGGCACCGAUACCAUGGACCAAUCGACCUAAGCAAAGAACCAAUUGAAAAUGAUGGUAAUUUCAGAGCCCUGCUAUUUUUCAGGGUAAACAGUGGGGAUGAAACUCUAAAAUACCAUCUGCAAACAUGCUCCAAAAAUGCCAAGUAUAUUAGUCCCCAUACUCAAAAUGUGUUGAUUUCUUGCUGUAAUGACUUUAUUGUAAAACAAAUUGUCAGCAAAGUCAAUCUUGCUAAAUGUUUCACAGUACUUGCAGACGAGACAACAGAUAUUACAGAAAUACAGCAAAUGUCCCUUGGUAUUAUAUACAUUGAUACCGAGACUGAGAAGAUCAGGGAAGAUUUUAUACAGUUCGUUCCAAUAAAAGACGCUACUGGAAGGGGACUAGCUAAAGAUAUCUUGAAUACUCUUUCCAAACUAGGAGUAGACAUGACGUACAUGCGGGGACAAGGUUACGAUGGAGCCAGCGCUAUGAUUGGGGAUUUUGUAUAUAUAUGUAUAUAUAUAUUAGCUUUGUAUAUACACCGCAGUUUCCACGUACUGAAUUUGGCUGUCUCAAAUGCAUGUGAUAUCAAAAGCAUCAGAAAUUGUUUGGGUAUCAUCAAUACAAUACACCUUCUACGCAUCACCCAAAAGAUUAAACGUCCUUCAAGAAUCAAUCGAGUCAAAAGUAUGACCCAGCUGUAUGCCCCACAAGAUGGUUUGAGCGUCAUGACUGUUUUUAUGGAGUAUAAGUAUGAUGCAGUAAUUAACAGUCUUUUUAAAAUCUCCCAAUGGCCUGAUCGUGAAGCUGCCUCUAAUGCUAAUCUACUGCUAUGCUCAAUUCAGAGCUCAGAGUUCAUUGUAUCAUUUCAUGUUGUAAAAAAAAUAUUUAGUAUCAGUGCACCCUUGAGCCGAUUUUUGCAGUCAGAACAUUUAGACUUGGCAAAUGCAAUGGGAUACGCUUCUGCGGUUGAAGAGAGACUAUUGACACUGAGAGAUCAUGCAGAAGAUGAGUUCAAAAAAUAUAUGAGCAAGUACAGGCAAAGGCUGAUAGCCUUGACAUUGAAUUGCGUAUCCCACGUCUAG